GGCGCACCCAGGUAGGCAGCAGCUCGUGCCCCAAGCUUCCACUGGUGCUAUAUACACGCAUCCGCUCACUGGAAGCAGAUCAUUUUACCUCGUCAAGUCAAGAUCCAAUCCAUCUGCGAACGAUAUCUUCCGAUCGAGCGAGCAUGGCGUUCCCGACCUGCUCCGUGGCGCCGCUGAGCAAGGUGCAGCGGCUGUACGACGCCUGCGACAUGGUCUUCUCGUCGGCGACGGCGGGGAUGCCGAUGCCCGCCACCCUCGGCGGGAUCAGGUGGCUGCAGCAUCUCCUCGAUGGCAUGGCGGCGGCGGACGUUGGGAUCGACGACGGGGAGAAGCAGCCGGCGUCGAUGGACGGAGCCGAGCCGAGCCCGAAGAAGAGCGUCCGGCUACUGCCGGCGCAUGGGUUCACACGGAUCACCUACGUCCACAUACACCAGUCCGACGACUUCUCGAUCGGCGUGUUCUGCUUCCCGGCCGGCGCAACGCUGCCGCUCCACGACCACCCGGAGAUGGUGGUUCUGAGCAAGCUCCUGUACGGAUCGGUGCGGGUCAGGUCCUACGACUGGGUCACCGCGCCGCCGAGCUCUAGCCAAAGAAAAUGUGGCUUGGCGAGGGUGGUGGCCGCCGACGAGGUGCGGCGAGCGCCGUGCGAGACGUCCGUGCUCUUCCCGCGGGGCGGCGGGAACAUGCACGCCUUCACCGCCGUCACGCCGUGCGCGAUCCUCGACGUAAUCACGCCGCCCUACUCAGAGGAGCACGGCCGGCCGUCCACCUACUUCAACGACGUCCCCAUCGUGUCUCUUCCAGGUUUUGCAUUUUUGGAGGAGGUGGAGAUGCCCGAAGAUCUCAGCGUCGUCGGUGCGCCCUAUCUUGGCCCUCGAAUUACGGUCGAUAUGGAUGAAGACGAAGAUGACGACUACUACGACGAACACUAUGACGACCAUGAUGACUAUGACGAUUACCACCAGUAGCUAGCUAGCUUUUUUUACAAGCGCGUAAUUAGCUGCGUGUACAGUGUACUGAUAAUUAUGUAGAGUGCUCCAGUUUCUUUUCGUGUGUCUUGAUAUGAUGGUGCACACAAAUCGUAAAGAGAAGAGAUUGCUGCGCAUAAUUUCGUGAGCUAGAUAAUCCUGCGGAGACAUCUACGCUUGUUUCCGGCUGAAAUUGCAAUUGAGCAGGACUCA